AUGUGUGGCUGUACCCUGUACGAUUCUCCCACGUGCGGGCAUUCCUGGAUUUCGAUGUCACAGCCCUGCGGUUUCCUCUCCGAUCUCCUUAGCUGCCCGAAUCGACAAACCUACCAGACCCUCAUCGCACCUCCGUUUACCUGUCCGCAGUGCAACGGUGGUUUUGCAGACCGCGAGACCAUCGAGAUGGUGCAAGGACCUUGGGGCUGUAACCAGCUGAUUCGCAGCCACAUUGGAGGUAGCCACGGCAUACCUGGCUCUUGGGGUAAUGUACCGCUGGCGAUGAACAACUGGGGCGGAGGUCUGGGAAUGGGUAUGCCUUCAAGCAUGGCAUUAACAUCGAGUCGGGCGAUGGUACCAGUCAACGGGUAUGGACACGACCACCGGCUGACUGGGCCAUAUGGCUCCUAUCCAGCGAUCUGUAGUGGAUACGGCUCUUUUGGCAACGGCAUGAUCAUGGACGAUGGCUUCGUGCAUGACUACGAUUACGGCUACGACGGACGAAGGCGAAGGAGGCACAAGAGCAGUUCAAGCAUUUGUUGUGUCGCUGAGGUCGUCACGUUCCCAGGAUUAAUAUACGUACCACCGAAGAGAGCCAAUCACAAGCACCUCGGUCUCCGCCGCAGAGACCGCCGGCCCCGCUACACGCGAAAGCUUGCAGCUCUCCCUCCUUCACGCCGCUCGUCAGUCUACACUGGCGCUACGGCUUUGACGCCACCUACGCAGUCCCAGCCUUCGCUUUAG